CUCUGCACCGGGGCCUCCUGCCUCCCCUGGUCGGGGUGAGCCGCCUGAGCAGUUGCUGCAGAGAGAAUGGGAGCUUAGGGCCGUGCUCCUCAGACCUCACAGUUUCCAGGUCUGCACCCUCCAUGGUGGGUUCAACCUCUCCUGAGCUGUGGCCCAGGACGGCCGUUCUCAGUGAAGGACCUUGCACUCGCUACUGAGUAGCGACCAUGGGCCUGCUCGCCUACCUGAAGACGCAGUUCAUCGUGCACCUCCUCAUCGGGUUUGUCUUCGUGGUGAGCGGGCUGGUCAUCAACUUCGUCCAGCUAUGCACACUAGUCCUCUGGCCCCUGAACAAGCAGCUGUACCGCCGGCUGAACUGCCGCCUCGCCUACUCGCUCUGGAGCCAGCUGGUCAUGCUUCUGGAGUGGUGGUCCUGCACGGAGUGCACCCUAUUCACCGACCAGGCCACCAUGGACUGCUUCGGGAAGGAGCACGUGGUCAUCAUCCUCAAUCACAACUUCGAAAUCGACUUCCUCUGUGGGUGGACCAUGUGUGAGCGGUUUGGCGUCCUGGGGAGUUCCAAAGUCCUGGCCAAGAGGGAGCUGCUGUACGUGCCCCUCAUCGGCUGGACGUGGUACUUUCUGGAGAUCGUGUUCUGCAAGCGGAAGUGGGAGGAGGACCGGGACACCGUCAUCGAGGGGCUGAAGCGCCUGUCUGACUACCCCGAGUACAUGUGGUUCCUCCUGUACUGCGAGGGCACGCGCUUCACCGAGAAGAAGCACCGCGUCAGCAUGGAGGUGGCCGCCUCCAAGGGGCUGCCUGCCCUCAAGUACCACCUGCUGCCGCGCACCAAGGGCUUCACCACCGCGGUCCAGUGCCUCCGCGGGACAGUCGCUGCUGUCUACGACGUCACGCUGAAUUUCCGAGGAAACAAGAACCCAUCUUUGCUGGGCAUCCUCUACGGGAAGAAGUACGAGGCGGACAUGUGUGUGAGGAGGUUUCCCCUGAAAGACAUCCCGCAGGAGGAAAAAGAAGCGGCUCAGUGGCUUCAUAAACUCUACCAGGAGAAGGAUGCGUUGCAGGAGAUGUAUAACCAGAAGGGGGUGUUUCCAGGGGAGCAGUUCAAGCCCACCCGAAGGCCGUGGACGCUCCUGAACUUCCUCGCCUGGGCCACCAUCCUGCUGUCUCCUCUUUUCAGUUUUGUCUUGGGCGUCUUUGCAAGUGGAUCUCCCCUCCUGAUCCUGAUGUUCCUGGGGUUUGUUGGGGCAGCUUCCUUUGGAGUCCGACGACUAAUAGGAGUAACUGAAAUAGAAAAAGGCUCCAGCUACGGAAACCAAGAAUUUAAGAAAAAGGAGUGAUUAAUGGCCGUGAUUGAACACACGUGACCGGACGGUGGUAUCCACUUAACUCAAUUAAAAACAGAACAACACACACAGAGCGGAAAAAAAAGACACUUAGAAACUAUUUUUCUUAUUAACUGGUGACUAAUAUUAACAAUAAAACUCGAGUGGAGGGGUAGAGGAGCGGCAAGGCCUGCAGACGGGGCCGCCACCCGUGCCGCGCCGGCACCAGGCGCCCGGGGAGCUGGGCUCCGAGGUCGGCUCCGGACCCGGCUCUCGCCCGCCCAGGCCACGGCUCCCGAGAACUCUGCCUGCCGGAGGGAGCCUCUCGAUGCCUCCUCUUCUUAAACUUAGACCCCACUUUCGUUUUUAUCAGUUACUUCAGGAACUGACCCCGGCCCCUCGCCUCUUCCCCGCACCCCCUGUGAACUGUCUCUUUGCGACUCUUCCUCUGUCCUCCCGGGAACGGAUUCGACAGGGUCCGGCCCGGAAGCGCCUGCUUGCUGCUCUGCUCGGCAUGGCACGGCACCUUCGCUCCCAGACGUGGGUUGGCCUUGGAGAGAGUUCUCCUGGUGAUAAGCACACACCGAGCGUUGGCUGGGUCCGCGGGGUCGGGUCGUGGUCCUGCGCCAGGCUGGCUGCAGGCAGACGCCCCGCUUUCUUUCCCAGAGCAUCUCGCCCGUCUCCUGCCUAACCCUGGGUGUGAACACCUGAAAUGUGGUUUUAAAGUGAACGGGCCCCUAGGACUCGGUGAAACGCACAAUCCUCCCUUACCCGGACCUGCGCUGUCCCUUCUCCCUGCCGCCCUCAGACCCCAGGCCCUCCGCCGGGCCUAGGGGGGCCCGGGCCCUCCGCCCCGCAGCCCAGGAGCCCCGCGGUGCUGACCUCUGCCCUGCAGCCCACAGCACUCUCGGAUGCUUUUUAAAAAGCGGUGUCACCGUGAAACCUCUGUCCUCCAGAGGUGGUGGGAGACUGUUAACACGGAGCUCUCGGGCUUUUAGAGGUUUUAUUUCUACAGUUGAUCUGUUGAUGGCUCUCAGCUUCCUGAGGAAAGCUAGAGAUGGUGAACCCCCGCCCCCCGGGCCCGCGGGCGUGCUGGUUCCUCCUCGGCUCCUCCCGCCGCAGGGCUGUCUCCAGAGCGUCCUGCCAGCCUGUGCUUGGCUUCUGUCCUCACAGCGUUCCCUUUGGCUCCCAGCCCUAGAAGGAGCUGUUUAUUCCGCACAUGAAGGCGCGAGUAUCAGUGUCCGCUCGGGGGGUAGGCCAGGGGCUGGAAGCCGCGGGGGCUGGUUGGAGGAGUGGGCAGACCCCGGCUCUCCCUGGGCUCAGCUAGUCAUUCCACCAGAAACCCCACCUGCACUGGACUUUUCCUCCUAAACCUUCAACUUGCUUUUUUAAAGUGACACUCCCCUCCUGUUUUUUUAGCAAGGGAAAGGAAAAUAAUGGGUGUUCUCUCUGAUACACUGUAACCAGCAUUCUGAACGGAGGCAGGCUGAAUUUUCUAGAAAAAAAAAUAGAGGAAAGAGGCAUGGAAAAAAUUAAAAACUAAAUUGGGAAAAUGAUGAUGCAUUGGCCCUAAGUAUGUAUUUUGGGAAGCUUCCUCGAGGCAGCGUCUGCUCUCUGACCGCGACCCUGUGCUGGGCUCUGCUCGGUGACGCUGCUGGAGACAGGGCGCAGGCUGCGAAGGCACCGCGGCUCUGCGUGCUCCUGAGUGAUGGUGGAUGAGGACAGCCCCUUGCGUGCUUGAAGGGGUGAAACAGCUUUAGAAUGCUCGUAGAAGGGAGCUCCCCUCCAUCUUAGGGCAUCUCCCCUCCUUCCCUUCGCCAGCGCCCGUGGCGGAGCCGAGCAGACAGUGCCCCUCCGCUGCGAGGGCCGGUGAGCGACGACCUGAGGUCUGCUCUUUCUUUCCGUAAAUGCUGCUCCUCUGUGUCUGUCUCCUGUCGUUCGCUAACUCACUAACACCUAAAGAAUCUUAGGAAAGAAAAGCCGAAGGGUACUACCGUGCAGAUACAUUACCUGGAAAAUGCAACUUGAGAUCGUUUACCAUUUAAUUAAUAGUCCUUGUUUCCCAGAUACGUUCCCUCCCCUUGAAAUUAAUACGUAAUGUGUGAACUCUGCAUUGCGGCGGUGAGGGCGCUGUGGAGACUCCCGGCCAAUGGAGACUGAGGCCACGGCCUGGGGUAACCUCAGCGGCUCCUCCACGUUUAACCCAGUGACCCCAUGCAUUUGAAUACCCAGCCCUUUGAGAGCAAUAAAAACUACACUAUGAAUGUUUGGGGUUUUUUUUUAGGGAGAGGUGGAUUUUGCUUUUGAUCCACUUCAGGAGAGAAGUGGAAAGGGGGAGGGGAGCUCCUUUAAUUUUUUAAAUUAAAUUAAUAAAUCACAGAAUAGUGCUUUUUUUUUUUUCCUUUUCCUUUACGCCUACCACCGACCUUCAUUCGUUGCUGAUGUUGUCAUGUCAGGCUGAGUGCUGGGACAGUCAGGCUGGUCACCGUUGGGGGCAGUGCGCUUUAGGCCCGAGUCGCGGUGCCCUCCACACCGGGUCCUGGGUCCCGCCAGGAGGGGACGUGUUUGCUGACCCCCUCCGCUGGGGGGAGGUGUUUGCUGACCCCCUCUGCUGGGGCCUGCUCUGUUGCUUGCUUCGCGCCUCCAGAGCCACCCCACCUUGGCUGGAGGCACAGAGAGAGGGCCCUGGGCCCUUCCUGUGAGGGUGCAGCGGGCUGAGCGCAGAGCCUGGGCGCAGCUGGCCGGCAUGUUUCUCAGCACAGGCCCAGGCCCUGCUCUCAGGCGCCAGGCGCCGAGUCAAGACAUCUUCCACGCGUGUAUCCUGGCCCUGCCCAGCGAGUGGAGUUUGAGUUGUGGACGCUCCCUAUGUGUCCAGCUGGGGAGAGGGCCACAGAUCUCUGUCCCCCUCUGGCUUCUGGGGUCCUGUGACCUGUGGCAGCUACCAGCACCUAGAGACUGUCUGGCUUCCCUCUUUGGGGUCUUCCUGAUGGCACUGUAAGCAGUGACUAUCCCCACUGCGUGCACGUGAGCAGACGCUGGGGAAAGCCUUAGCUGGUCAUGGGAAAGCGAGUCAUAGAUGUGUGAAGGCUCUCUUUCUGUGCGCCCGCCUUCUCUCCAUGCUGAAGCCUGGAGGAGGGUUUGAAAUGACUACCCAUUGAUAAGAGUUUUAACCCAGAGAAAGAAGUGACCCUGGUCACCCGGUGCUUGGUGACGGCGUGCCAGCUGCAUGGCCCGAUUAUGGUCUCUGUCCUCAAGAAGCGCAGAGUCUGGUGGAAGAGAUGAGCUCUGAGUAGACAAACUACUCAAUGAAACAACAGUGUGAACAGCACUUUCUUGUAUAAAACAGCCAUGAUCCUGGAUCAGUUUGGAAGCCCUGUCUUGUCUGUCCCUGUUCCUCCUGCUCUGUGGCGUGAGAGCCUUCCCUUACAGACCUUUAGUCAGUGAGCACGGGAGCUGACGGGUGCCUGCAGUCACGGGCAACUCCGGAGCCUAGGCCUUCCACGCCGUGCGACCACCGACUGGUAUCCCACUGGGCGUGAGGAAUCAGGGACGCCCUGCAUGUCACUUUGUCUCACCUGUAGGACAAGCCCAAUAGACUCUGCUCAGCCCACCUGAUUUUCAGCAGAAUUGUUUAAUCCUGUGCGUAAACUCAUGCUGCGAAUUUCUCACUAACAGCUGCAUGCUUCCCCGGCAUGCAACACUUAGCAUUAAAUGGUGUGGUGUGGCUUCUAACCCUGCAGCACUGUAACCAGGCUUAGGGUUAAAAUGGUGGGCCUGACAUGACCACCUGCCUUCCCUCUGGAGACAGCAUGGCUCUGGCCCAUGUUUCUGCCCCUUUCUCUAGCCUCUCCUAGCGUCUGGGCCUGGGCUGUGGGGCCAGCCACACCACUAACUCGCCCUGGCUUUGUCCCAAACCCUGCGUGGGGCCGCCAGGGUGCAUGCAGACAUUCGGGUCCCACGUUCUUGCAUAUCAGGGCCAGGAUGCAAAAACACAGGGAUGGUUUUUGGGUCGAAGAUGUCUCGCUUAGUUUUGCUCGAUUGAGGGGUGGACACAUAUGAAUUCAGUUUUCCCACAAGUAUUUGCCGCUAGCUAAUUCGGUGGAAACGGUGGCAUUCUCAUAACCCACUCAGGAAAUAAAGGACAAGAACCCUUUUCGGGAGCCUAGGAGAUUUCCCGAGAGGUUGACAGAGUCAGCCCCCCGCGCCCCGGCAGCAGCACGUAUUCUUCUCAAAGACAGCUGAAUUGCUUUACACUUUGUAAUGACAAGCUCACCCAGAGUUUUCUUUUCCUACAAACUUCUCAGUUUCUUAACUUUUUGUUGAAAAAGUAUUUGGACAGAAGUCGAACUGUGAAUGAUACUGAAAUGCACUAAAUUGUAUUAAACUGGAGUUACUUGAUACAAUGAAGAAAUGCAUCUGA